ACGAGUGAGCGCCUGUUUUCCUCUAACUCCAUGGUGCUGCUGGGGUUCAGAGCAACUGUGCAGUAGUUCGGAAGACUUGGGCUAACUGUUUCUUGGUUUUUUUUUUUUUGUUUUUUAAGGUGGCCUGGGGUGUGGGGGCAAGCAGACAGACAUCACUUCCAGCACUGAAGGAGGCCUUUUAGGGAGGGGUGCUGUAGUCUGGCAGUGCGCCAUUCCCUUCCAUGGUCGUUGUGAGCCAUACAGUCAUCCUUGGCCCGGUCCCGCCCUUGGGGAAGAAUGGGCCCCUCUGUCCAGAGGCCCCUGAGACGUGCUGAGCAUCCAGACAUGGCAAAGCGCCUGCAGGGUGUGGGGUCUCCCCUGCAGGAUCCUGCUUGUUCGUUUCCGGCGGGAGAAAUGGACAAUGGGGUCUCUAAGGACUGUUUCCCGCCACUGGCCCCAUUGUUGCCAUCCUUGCCUUCCUCCUGGGCCUCUCUGUUUUGCAAAAGGCUAGUGAGACCCUGGACAGACAAAGCCUGUGUCUUGAAAGCCCUUGAGUGAGGUGUGCGCUGGGUUUCUUAGGACAUCAAUCAGAUCCUUGCUGCCUCUACCUCAUGACUCCUGGGAAACAGCUUCAGCUCCGGUGCUGAGCGGAGUGAGAGUGGAGUUCUAGAAAUGUGUGACCUCCCUUGAAAGCUUUUCAUCCAUCAUCAGUCCCAGCAGACUAUUCAUUCAGAUGAAGCUGCGCAGAGCCCAGACACGCGGCUCCUUGCCUCAGACUACACCAAUGAAGGUACCUGGCAGUGCCACGCCCUACAUAGGUCCUGGAAUGGCUACUUUGGAAUAUUUAUAGUCAGAUAACUUAAUCACACCUGUGUGUAAUCUGAGUGUGGACAGAGAGCAUGCUCCUUUGACAUAGACUGCUUCUGGAGAGGGAGGGGUAAUGAGGGUAAGAGGUCAUUCCUGAAGAGUGGGCAACGGCAUUUUCUCCCUCCAUAUCUGCCUCUCUUCUCCCCAAGCUCCACGGAGUGCUAAGGGUUUAGACCAUCUGGAAGGGGAAGGCUGGUCCAGUGGCCUCAAGUCUGCUCUAGGGAACAGGUAGUGAAGGCCCCAAACAGUAGAGGCAGAGACAGCAAGGGGAAUGGUGUGUGUGUGUGUGUGUGAGCAGGGGUACCCAAAUCACAGGAGCUAGCCUGGGAAGCCCUGUGGGAACCAGAGACACCUCCAAGUAAAGCCCUGGCAGCUGAGGAGCAAAGUGUGGGUGCCAGUGUCAGGUAAAGUUGCUGGGGCUUUCUGGUCUGAGAAUACCACCAGGAGCAGCAGACAAGAAUCUGCGUCCAAGCAACCCUGUCUAGAAGUCAGUGUGUGGGAGGGCUCUCGUAUAAUUCUCCCGGUGGCCGAAUUCUGAGCUUGGAUGGAGCAGAGCCUUUCCCUGCAGAAUACAUGGACACCUGCUGCCUUUGAGACACCUGUCCUGCCGAUGGAUUUGGAGGAUAACACUGUGCACCUGGGUGAUAGGGUAGUAGUCUUGGGCGUGUUCAGUUUGGAAGCCGUCACUGUCUCUGCUAGGGAUAGGCAAGGAGGAUCAGGCCGUGAGUGAGCAUAGACAAGAUUUGCCAUUCCCAGACAUUUAGCCUUGAAGGAGGGUCCAGCAGCUUGACCAAGGCUCUAUCUGUUUCCAGGCAGGGCCUUCCUAGGAGUCACUCAACUCUUUAUUUUUGAAGGAAGGAGGUCUUCCUGGCUCCUGGGCUGCCUUCCACCCUAGGCUGGGCCCGCUGCCAGCACCCAGCCGCUCACAUCCGGCCCCCUCCCUCCUCCAUACUCACUAGAGAGCCAACAUCUGUCUAUCUGCCCGCCCCUCUCCUUCGACCCCAGAAGACACUCUGUUUCCCGCCUAAUUAUUGUCGCUGUAGGGUGGGGGGGCUGGAAGGACGUCCUCUAUGGUUCGCUUCAGGGUUUUUGGUAGGUUUUCAGGAAAGGAAGUCUUGGUCAACAGAAUUUGCAUGAGAGUGAUUUUCAGUUGUAGGCCCUGGCGAUAACCUGAGGCUGCGGGCCAGGACCAGUACAGCCUCAGGGGUAUCUAGACCUGAGAUUCCGUAUGGUUGUCUGUAGAGUGGACCCUGAAGCUGGCCUCUGUAUGUCUCGGACAGUAGACCCACUCGAGGCAAACCCUGUCAUUCUCGGCCAUCGCCUGGGUCGUCGCGACCCCAAACCAUCAGCCGGAACCCAAGGAGCCCCCCCCCCCCCCGAUGGCUGGGAGGAUAAGAAUGAGUGUCGGACUGGCCGCGGAGGCCUCUUCCACUUCCGGCGUCUGAUCUCUGCGAGCAGACACUACGGCUCAGACUGCCGGCAGCGGGGACAGCAACCGCUUCCAGCUACCGGCCGGGAGCCUUGGGAAGUACGACCUUGCACUGAGUGUCUCUCAAUCAUGGAUCACGAUGACCCAGCCGAAGCGUUGACUGAGCUGCGCGAGAAGCGGCUGGGCUUCCUGGACAUAUUGCAAGCGGCGGCAGGUUCAGGAUUGGCCGUUUAUACUAUGUGGGCGCUGCUGCUGCAGCCGGGCUUCCGCCGGGUGCCUCUGAGGCUGCAGGUGCCCUACGUUGGCGCGAGUGCCCGGCAGGUUGAGAACGUGCUGUCACUGUUUCGAGACCGCCCUGGAAAAAUGGUGGAUCUAGGCUCUGGUGAUGGCAGGAUCGUGCUGGCGGCCCACCAGUGUGGCCUCCGUCCAGCUGUGGGUUAUGAGCUGAACCCGUGGCUUGUGGGACUUGCACGGCUGCAUGCCUGGAGGGCCGGUUGUUCCGGGAGUGUCUGCUACCAUAGAAAAGAUCUCUGGAAGGUGAGCCUCAGGGACUGUCACAAUGUGUCUGUGUUCCUGGCUCCCAGCGUGCUCCAACUGCUAGAGGACAAAAUGCAAGCGGAGCUCCCUGCAGGGGCCCGGGUGGUAUCUGGACGAUUCCCCCUUCCCACCUGGCAGCCUGUAGCUGUGGUGGGCGAGGGCACCGACAGAGUUUGGGCCUAUGAUGUCCAUGGUACCGGGCCAGCUGUGUCUUAUGGGGUACCCAUCAAGGCCACCCCAGAGUCUGGUUCUACCUUGGUCCCUGGGGCCCCUGUUUGACAAGCUGGCUGACUGGAUAAAAUAAAGACUCUGUGGUUUCCAUCCUGAA